GCGAGAGAGAGAGAGGGAGCAGAGGGAGACGUGAAGGAGCCUCAGAUCAGAUCAGUGUUUAAGUUUUCAGAUCUUCACAAUGCAGCACAUCUACAUGCACAGCCAUGAGCACUUUGAAGUCUUCACCACUGUCCUUGCUCCACAAGGGAGAUAUCGACACAGAGCUGAGGCUGAGCAGAUGGUGGUGGUGCACAGCUACAGGCCUCACUGGCCAGACGAGCUGCAGCUACGUCCGGGUGACGUCAUCCUGGUGCUGUCUAAACACGAGGAGGAGAGGUGGUUUGGGAGGAGGCAAGACGGCCAGCAGGGCUACUUCCCCGCCUCCUGUGUGAUGGAGCUGAGCCAGAUGCAUCGUCCUCCCAAAGACCUGCACAGGACUUUGUCUCUGAGAAGCUCGGCGUGGGACGGCAACUCAGGUGUGCGCAGAAGACAGACAAAUGGACACAUUCUGCAGGGGCUCAGGAGGGGGAGCAGAGGAGGAGUGGCAGGAGCAACAGGAGGGGUAGGAGGUGGACUGGCACUGGAUGAGGGUCGCGGCGAGAGCAAGAACCCGUUCUUGGCGCACAGGCCCCAGAUCCCUCUUCCUCAGCCUGUGGCCUCCCAACCUCAGAGCCACAGAUCCCCGGGUCUGCUCCACAGGAUUCUAUCCAAGUGCCGGAAAAAGACUGAAUGCCAGGGAGCCACCAAUGGGGCCUUCGAGGGCGACUAGGAGGCCCGUCUCUUUGUCCCUGGGUGACUGAGCCCGAGCUCACUGUGGGGACGUGGUGGAAGCAAUAUGAGCGAGUCUCCAUUGCAAUUAUCGGUUGUUCUCGACUUGGCUGCAUUUCAGGAAACCAAAGAGGCCAAACACAACAAACUGUGAAUGCACACACACACACACCACCUGAUCAUAUGGACAGUGUCCGCUGUGAUGCAAGGUGUGACAUGCCUGAAAAUGUGAAUGUACAGCUACAGUUUGGUCCUUGUUUUUCAGCAUGGAAAGAUGAAAUUAAAUAUAUAUAUAUAUAGUA